AUGGGCCCCUGUACCGCCUCCUCAUGCUGCUGCCAGGCCCGUAAUCUGCCAUGGGCCCCCGUACCGACUCCUCAUGCUGCUGCCAGGCCCGUAAUCUGCCAUGGGCCCCCCGUACCGCCUCCUCAUGCUGCUGCCAGGUCCAGAGUGUGUCAUGGGUCCCUGUACGGCCUCCCAUUGCUGCUGUCUCCAUCGCCACACUCUGCCAUGUGCCACUUUCAGGUCUCCUCACACUGCUGGUGGGUUCCAUUUUGUCAUAGGGUGCUGUAUGGCCUCCCAUUGCUGCUGCCUCCACUGCCACACUGUGGCUCCACACUCUGGUUUUGGCCCGUGACUGCCCAAAUGAGUGAAGUGUGCGGUGAUUCUAAGAUCGACGGCACUCAUCUGCAUGUCAUACUGACUGACAGUAUUAUUUCUCUUCCCCAGCAGACUCCAAGGGCAUUUAAAUUAAAGGUACAGUGUUCUGCACUAAUAUAA